CCAGGCCUCUAUGACAGUCCCAGGCUAGCCAGGAUGGCUGGCUACCCGAGAUGGGAGUUUGGGCCUGUUCCUUUUUUUAAAAAAUGCAAUACUAGGGACUGAAUCCAGGCCAUUUGCAUUGAGCUUCAUCCCUAAUCCUUCUUUUAUUUUGUGAGACAGAACAGAGGCAGCAGGGAGGUGGGUUGGAGGUGGAAAGCAGGCACCUAGAACUGCCUCCAUUUCUGCCUGACCCUACGGGUGAGUCCAUAGGACCUCCACCCCCCACUAUACUCAAGGGCGGUGACCAGGGUCUUCCAGCGUUACGGGCCGUGUUCCCUGGUGCCAGGAAACACCCCCAUAUAUGCCACAGUUCUAAUCCCCAGUACCUCAGUGUAACCUUUUUUUGGAAAUAGGGUCAUCAGAGAUGAAAUUAGUUAAUGAGGCCAUAGUAGAGGAGAGCGAGCCCCUCCUCCAAGAUGACUGGUGUCCCCAUGAGAUGGCCUUACGGCUGCGUGUGGCAGUGCAUGCCUGCAAUCCCACCUCCUCUGAGUUUAAGGCCUUUCUGGGCAAUCUAGAGGGCAAGACCCUGUCUCAAAAUAAAAUAAUAGCCAGGCAUGGUGGCACACACCUGUAAUCCCAGCAGUCAGGAGGAUACAGAUCAGUGGUAGAACAUCCCUGUAUUGAAUCCUCAGUACCUCAAAAAAGGAGGAGGGGGCUGAUGCAGACAAGGACACAUACGGAGGCCAUGUGACCACACGGACAGAGACUGAAGUGCUAUAGCCACAAGCCAAGGGCCAGCGAGGACAGCAGGCAGCCACCAGAAGAUGGAGAGGGGUGAGGAAGGACCCUGAAAGCAACAAGUCUCAAGCAAUAAGCACAGCCGCGCUGCACCUUAUGUCAGACCUGUGGCCCCCAGAACGUUGAAAUGCUAAACCUGUGUUGCUCUGAGCCACCCAGUUUGUGGUGCGGGUCCUGGCAGUCCCCAGGGACACCACGUCAGAAGCAGGACACUGUGCUGUCCACGGAGGGUGUGUGAGCGGAUGGGGCCUGCCGGCAGUGGUGGUGGCAGUCACAGCUGGUUUCCAGAGGCCUCCUGGGGCGGGAGCAGGGCUCCUACAGUGCUGACAGAGCCGCAGCUGCUCGGUGGGAGGGCAGGGGCUCCUCUCCUCCCGUGCUCACUCAGGGCUGGGGUGCCGAUGGAUCAGAAACCGCUCAAGCUGCCACUUGGGUGGCGGGUGAGCAGGAGAGCCCAGAUUUUAUCAUCCUGGGACCUGGGCAGGGCAGCCGGACCCCGGGGUGGCCAGGAGGCUCCUUGGAAUCAGCUCCAGCCCGGGAGACAGAGCUGGGGCUCCAUUUGCCAUUGUCUUCCCAAGGAGCGGGGACAGACAGGGCUCCUGGGCUCCAGCUUGCUCCUCCACGCCCCCCUGCAGAUGGCAACUGCCUUCCAGCAGCGGGAAGCCACAGGGGCAGGGGCGGAGGGGCUGGCAGGCUGGCUGGUGCGUGGGUGUGAGCUGCAGACUCACCGUGCCCGGUUGGCCUGGCUUCUUCCACACCUCAACUGCGUCCUUGUGGUCGGUGAAUUCUGCAGGGCCCAGGAAGGUCCAAACCCAGGGCGCCCCGCCCCCACCCCCACACCAGGCCUGGCAUCGUCUGGGCGAACAAUUAUCAGGAUCAUCUUUAUGGGGCUUAAGCUUGGGUGGGAGCAGAUGGGGCAUGAGCAGAGGAUUUGGGGUGCGAGUGGGUAUGCACCCCCCCACAUGCGGGCUGUUUAAAAGGCCCUUGCUCGUGAGGGGCCGGGGCAGAAGCCAGCAGGAAAGUAGAUGGAGCCCAGGGGAGGGACAAUGGCGGAACAGGACGAGAAUGGACAGGAGGGGGGCUUGUCCCCGCCGGGCAAGGUAAGCGGCCCCGCUCCCACCCACCUGCGCUUCUGGAGCCCUCAGAGCCCGUGACUGACAGGACGAGUUAAUUUGUAGGGCACCUAAUUAGCAAUCAAGUCUCCGGGGUCUCCUGACCCAGUUGCCACCGCAGGGAUGUGCUGGUGGGUAGAGGGUCUGCGUGCCCAGCCCCUGCCCCGGGGCACAGGGUAGGGCUCUUGGUGCCGACCCCAGGAGGUGGCAGGUGCAGGCACUUAGAGGCGGUUUCCGCGGUCAGUGUCCCAGCCCCCGGGCUACCCCUAGCCAGGCCCCAAUCUAGGACAGCGGGAUGCUGUGGAACACAGUGUCCCCUGAGGUGGCACCACGUGAAGUGGUGCUGCCGGCCAGAGCCCCUGGGGCUGGGGGCCAGGACGGGGAAGCGGACUCAGGUCUCAUUCUGAAGCAGCUCUGCAGAGCGGUGCAUUCGCGAGGACAUGGCGGGCUCGCCAGACCAGGAGGGCUUCUUCAACCUGCUGAGCCACGUGCAGGGCGACCGCAUGGAGGAACAGCGCUGCUCGCUGCAGGCUGCGCCAGGACAGACCCCAGAGAGCCAAGGUGGCCCAGCGCCCGAGAUGGACAAUCUCAUGGACAUGCUGGCCAGCACCCAGGGCCGCCGCAUGGAUGACCAGCGAGUGACGGUCAGCGCCCUGCCUGGCUUCCAGCCCAUUGGCACCAAGGUAGGGGAGGCUGGAAACACCUGCCACGCUACGCUCCAGGACCCAGUUCUGUUUGCAGCCAGGAGGGAACGGGUCCCUACCUCCUCCUCUGUCCGCCAUUUUCUGCCGUGCAGGACUCAUACUAGGGUCAGAGCUAUGGAACUCGUGGGUCCUGCUCCCUACCUACAUCUGAGGGUUUGGGGGAGGUCAAGGGGAGAAAACAGGCCCCCUUCCAGGAGCAGCAGCCUCAGGGAGGGCAUGCACGAGCCCGCACCGGCUGGGCACAUCCACACUCCACUAACCCAUACCCGGCCUGGGUUCUCAUCCAGACCCAGGUAAGAGCCUCAAGACCUACCACCUCACUCCCAAACUCUACCCUAGCGGCAGAUAAUUAAGGUAAACAUGGGAGAAUGCUUUAUGGGGACAAAGAGGCCAGGCACCUGACAGGAGGUGAGCCGUGGAUUCCCCCACUGUCGGCGUCACCUCUGCCCUGCACUGCUCCUGGUCUCUCUACCCCACGAACCCCUCUCUAU